AAUAUUCUCUCUCUGAUUGGUGUCCUGUGAAGGUAUCACGGGAUGAUCUCCAGAGAGGAAGCUGACCAACUGCUCAGUGUGGCUGAGGGAAGUUAUCUGAUCCGAGAGAGCCAGAGACAGCCGGGCACGUACACGCUAGCGCUACGCUUUGGCAAUCAGACCCGAAACUUCCGUCUGUUUUACGAUGGGAAGCAUUUUGUGGGAGAGAAGCGCUUCGAGUCCAUCCACGACCUGGUAACAGACGGCCUGAUCACGCUGUACAUCGAGACCAAAGCCGCCGAAUACAUAUCUAAGAUGACCAUCAACCCCAUCUACGAGCACGUGGGCUACACCACCCUGAACCGCGAGCCGGCGCUGAAGAAAGCCCUGCCGGUCUGCAGAGACAUGCCUGAUGGGAAGGACGCCGCUGGAGAAGACACCGGCCUGGAGGAGAGGGUGAGAUGCUGCAGUGCAGUUACCCAGCAUGCCUCUGUGUGUUUGUCUUGUCAAGAGAUUUCUUGAGUUUUGCCUUCUGCUUCAGCCUUAUGUGUGACGGGGUGAAGAGUACAGUUAUCCCUCAUUGCCAUCAUGGCCUUGUGCAUCACACUGCCUCCCAAUUUAAUCCUUAGUUU